AUGAGUCUGACCGCUGCAGGGGCGAUCGGCGAGCACACUGUGCCCAGCGAGAAAGUUGAUGCUGACUCGGACAGCGAGGAAGGCGUGCUCUCCAACGAACGUGAGAUUGCUACGCACGUCAUCUCGGUGGACGACGACCCUUCUCUUGAACCCGUGGACAUUCCGUGCAUUCUUUAUUGGUCUUGGCCUCUCAACCUUUGGUGGAGUACUCGCGGAAAUCUAUUAUUUCAAGCCUCAACGGUUUAUGUGUCAUUGAUGUUCCUCGCGGUUGUUUCUUAUAUCCUGGGCAUCUUCAUGGAGCCUUUAUUCCUCGUCGCGGACUCCUGCGCUAUCUGA